CUUUUCCGUACCAUCCAAUCUUGUUUUUUAUCUACCUAUAUUACGAAACGAAACAAAAAAAUCUCGGCCAUUUUCCUUUGCUACAAGUUUUUGGAAAUGGCAGUCAUCACAUCGGCAGCAUCCGCUGUCUCGCCAUCAUUUGUGCAGAUCCGUGCUUCUUCAUCGGCUGCGGUUUCUUCGUCGGGGUCACUCUUCUUCAGCGGCAACAGGACCGGACUGAAAGGAAUUUAUGGCCAGAGAGCUGCUAAAGUUAGGAGUAAUGGCAGAAAGCGUCUUUCUUGCAACUGCUUGUUUGGGCUUGGGGUACCGGAGCUGGCGGUAAUCGGUGGUGUCGCCGCCCUUCUCUUUGGCCCUAAGCAGUUGCCCGAAAUUGGCCGCAGUAUUGGCAAGACUAUCAAGGGCUUCCAACAGGCAGCAAAAGAAUUUGAAACAGAGCUGAAGAAAGAACCUGACCAACCUCUCGGCAAUGAAGCUCAAGAAGCUGGCCAUGAAAGUGGCAGGGAGAAUUGAGGAAGUAGGACGACAAGGGGAAAUGAUGCAUCAGACCAAAGGUCCAGUUUUUUCUAUAAUUUUUUAAUAAUGUAUUUUAUUGUAAGUUCCUAGUGAAAUAGAGAUAUUGCCAUGUUUGUUGUAUCGAAGCCUUAAAGAUUUUAUUAGAUGAGCUCUGCAUGCUCUUGUAAUAGACCACCAAUGAGAUGUUUCUUCUAGAUAUGACCAAAUCGCAGUGUUCUUUAUUCCGGUUUGGAACUUUGGAUCCGGCUACCAUGGAGUUACUCCACUAAUAGUUCAGAUGGCAUGUUGAUUCACAAGUUGACCCUUCUGAGAACUCGGCCAUUGUAAGACUUGUUAUGCAGUUAUGCUAUGGUGAUCCCAUUCCCUUCUCUACA